CAAUCGCGUUUUCCCGUCAGAUGUCAGACUGUUAUCACCUGUGGUGGGGAGCCUAAGCUGUGGUUAUGCCACCAUACUGUGGUGGUGCAUGUGUUGUGUGUUGCAAGGGCGUGUUGUGUGCAUGAGUGUGCGCUGGUUCGGCGCCAAGUGCGGGGAGUCGGUCCACCGCUGGUGUGCGGCGGCGACGCCACUGGAGCCCGAUGGACGAGUCAUCCUCUCCCGAAUGUGGCUUGCCGGCAAAGUAUCAGAAACUCGCCUACGAGUACUCCAAGCUACGUGCGCAAGCUCAGGUCCUGAAGAAGGCCGUAGCAGAUGAGCAGGCCAGGAAUGCCGAGUUCAAGGAUGCCCUGAAGGACAAAGAGCAGGCAAUGCGAAAGCUGCUGCAAGAAGUUGAAAGCCUCAAUUUUUGCAACCAACAGCUGACAAAACGCGUCGGCUUCCUCCAAGAAGAACUCGAAGAAGAUCGCUCAAAGAAGAACAAGCAGAAGAAACAGCAUGCUUCUUCGAUGCACCAGGGUGUCAUUGAUGCCGAGCUGCAGAGUCGCAUUGAAGAGAAUGAGAAACUGCACUUACAGGUGUCAGCAGCAGAGCUGGAACAUAGGCAGACAGUUGAAAAGCUGGAGGCGAAGCUUGAAGAGGUGCACCAGGUGCUUGCCACACACGAGGAUCAACUCAGCGAUGCUGUUGCUAAACGGGAGGAACAGAUUAACAGGCUCACUCAGGAAAGAGCUAAGCUGGAGCUGAAAUUGAAGUCGUGUGAAAAGGAGCUGAAAGAAGUAUCUAUGAAGAACGAACUGAGUGAAUCCAAGCUGGCUGAGUUGACGGUGAGGCUUGAAAGAGAGCUACAGGAGGCCAAGACCACUAUUGAACAAAAUGUUCACUUCAGAGAUGCAGGUGACGGUCGUGCCCCGGGGAUGGAUGUGCCCGUGACGUGGCAUUCGCACGAGAGUAAUGUGCGUGCCCUGCUCUGGCAAUUGGCGGAGCUGGUGCCCGAGCUGAGCCAGGCCCUGUCCACGCUGCACACGUAUGCCGAGCAGCGAGUGCGCCUCCUCCUCACUGGUGCCAUCUGCGGGCUGGACCCACAACUGGCACAGGGCCCGCUACAGGUGUUUGCCCAGCACCUGCAUGGCAACGUGGCAUACCUGCAGCCCAUUGAAGAGGCUUACCAGGCUUACUUUGACACCAUUUGCCAACAAGAAUUGUACAUCUUGGAUGGUGGCCCCCCACUGUCGCCCUUGUCGGCAGCGCUUUGCAGAUAUGUCUCUUACCUGCACAAGCUUCUGCCAUACGCUGUGCUCAGCUUGAGGGCCAGCUCGCCAACUUCAGAGGCCAAAUGUCAUGAGCUGCGAGCAAAGCUCGAGUACGUUGUCAACCGUGUGGUCGUGAAAUUCGACAAGAUGAGCCGGUACCUGCUGUUGCUUUCAACAAAGGGUUGUGAGCCUGGUUCGAAGGCGUGUUGUUGCGCUGGGUACCUGGCUGUCGUCGGAAAGCUGGUUGGCAUCACCAAAUGCCUCUGGGAAGAUUUCGAAGAUGUCAAGAGGCAGCUAAGUUCUCUCAUGCUUUUUGAGCAUGAGCUACCCACUGUGCCCCUGGAGGCCCAGACUACCGACGACUGCCUGGUCAGCAGCCUAGCAUCGGUUGCUAACUGCUGCAAGAAGCUGUCACGAGCACUCGAGGCCAAAGUGCUGCUGUCCAAGGAGGCGUACCAGUGCAGGGGCUCCCGCACCAAGCCCUCCCUGUGCAAGUCGCACCUGGGACCACAUGCAGCACUUCUCAGGCAGAGGGGCACAGCGUACCUCAGGACGUGCCAGCUGUACACGAGAAGCCCGGAAUGUGUACCGUAUGGCAUUGCCAUUGAGAAUUCCGGAGCCCUCCAGAGCCACGUGGAAAAUAAGGAGUCCUUUGCCCAGCAGCUUGAAAGCCUGAAGAGCAAAGUUUGGAAGCUUGAGGAGGAGAAGGAGCACUGGAUGCUGGAAUGGCAGCUACUGCAAGCCAAGUACGAGAGGCAGGCAAAAACCAUGUUGCCGGUGUCUGGGCAAAGCCAGGGUGAAGGUGAUGGUCACGACGGCCAGCUGAUAAUGGAUCACUUCAAGGCACGCAUCAAGGAGAUGAUCCGGCAGAACCAACUGGCUGAUAGCAAGGCUGUCUACUACUACUCCGAGUGCAAGGCUCUUCAGAAGAGGCUCCACUUGGCAGAACAGCACCAGCUGGAGCUUGAGAAGCAGCUCCAGGACAAGCAGCUGGCACUACAGCAACUGAAGGAUGAGAUGCGUUCGACGGCGCACAGUUACGAGGACCAGCUGAGCACAAUGAGUGAGCACCUCGCCAGCAUGAACGAGAAGCUGACUCAGCAGAAGGAUGAGAUCGAUGCCUUACGCCACAGUUCGUCCUCGACCAAGUUUGGGGGGAAAAAGCUGAAGCCAAAGUGAAGAGCAUUGCCUGGAUGCAAGAAAAACGUGUUGGCUCCAAAGAGGAUUUAUCAAAGCGCUGUAAGAGGCAUUCCAGACCACACCUUGAGGGGGAAGGGACUUGCUUGAAAUAGUUGCCUGCGCAGUCCCCACCUGAUGUCCAAACUAUGGCCAUUCCAGUGUUGUUCUGAUGGCAUAACAAAGCUUGAAAGAAUAAAUGCUCCGGGUGUCUCGUUU